ACAGAGAGGGGAAAAGGACAGGGGUAAAUGUUUCUGCUGAAUACAUACCAGAGUGAGUCUAGUUCAGCCACAAUACAGCAGAGGAGUGAAUCUGUGUCAAAUGGAUAAGAGGAAGAAAGGAUCUGCUAAGGACUUGAGGCUCAUGGUGGUUGGUAGCAGUGGACCCUCUCAGUUCCAACUAACCAAUGCCAUACUUGGAAGAGAGGAGUUCUCCAAGGAUGUCACCAGCACUUCUUCCAGCAUGAAGAUGGUGGGAGAGCUCUCUGGUAGACGAGUGACUGUGGUGAACGGGCCAAACAUCUAUGACAAGGAUAUAUCUCAUGCAAAGAGGAAGAUGGAGCUGAGGAGGUCUAAGUGCUUAUGCAUGCCUGGUCCUCAUGCCUUUCUUGUUGCCUUUGAUAUGGAGAAAAUCUCACUGAAUGACAUGAAAACAGUUACACUGCUAAAAAAGCGCUUUGGAAAAAACUGCUUUCAACACUGCAUGGUCCUCCUGGCUUAUGAAGGAAAUCUGGAUGGAGCUGCCUUGGAAAACAGGGUGAGGAAGACUGACUGGUACCUGAGAGAACUGAUAGAGGGGUACAGUGGACGUUUUCAUGUUUUCAACAAGAACUGGAGAGAUCGAAGCCAGGAGAGAAGCCUGCUGCAGAAGAUUGACUUGAUGGUGGCUUCGUUAGGAGGGAGGUACUACUCCAGCAAAACUUUCCAGAAGGCAGAAGACAGCGUGAAGAAGGAGGAAAGGCGACUCAGGAAGAAGAGGGCAGGAGAGAUUGAAAAGACAUGGAAUAACAUGGAGAAGCAUUAUGUAGCAGAAGAGCUGUGUUCCCAGAAGGAUACCUACAUUGCUAAUGUUGGUGCUGAGAUCCAAACCAAAGCAGAGCUGGACAACAGCUGGCUCAGAACCUCCUUGGCCAGAGGACUGGGUACAGGCUUGGUUGUGGGGGCUGUUGUGGGUGCACUUUUUGGAUAUAUUGAGGGGCCAGGAGGGAUGGUUCUUUAUGGUAUUAUUGGUGGGGCAGUAGGUGGAUCUGCAGGAGGAACCGCUCAGGUAGCAAUAAAACAUAUGGAGAACAGAGUAGCCCCACCCGCCAGACUCAACUUUAACUCAAUCUUUAUCAAUCGCUUCUUCACAGCUCCUCGUUCACUACAAUGUGAUUAGAUUUCUUUUUUUUUCGAAGAGAA